UAUACAAGACAAGAAAUAGGACAACAACAAAACAUGUACACACAUCUCUGGGCUCUACAAAAUAAGGGGAGAGCACAGUACCACAAAUAACACUUACAUAAUCAACAUAUUCAUGGCUAGCAACAUUCCACAGAGCUUAGAUUGAUCAUAGUCCAAGUCAUGGACAUCAUAUCAUCAUCAUCAUCAUCAUAUCAAUUAAUCGUGACAGUCAGCUGCAAUGCUCACUAAAACCCUUCACUGCCGCAGGUACAAAAGACUUCCUGAAUCUUCCAGAAGGGCAGUUCACCAAAAGCACUGUACUGUGUACUGUACUGUAUAUGUGGCUAUAUAAUUAAUUGACUCAUCUUCCAUCAUCACAGUUACAAGAAUAUGCCAAAGAAAUGUCCUAAUCCAUCUUAAAUUUGGGUUCUAGAAAAUGUUUUCAUUGAGAAUACAAAAUCAACAUGUUCAUACUUUUUUUGUUCAGGUUAGCCACAUAUCAAUUUCCAGUACUUUGGAACACGUUGCAACAUCCCCGGGUUUGUACAUUUCUAUACAAGCGUCCCUUUUGUUUCGUAAGAUUCAUUUUUUUUAUGUCACAUGACUGAAUCGUGUCCUGACGUCACCACCCCUCGCGGAAGUCGGCGCUAGAGAUGGUGGCGGCCUCGUCAGCCCAGCAACAGGAAGAGAAUGUUUGCUUCCAGAGAAAGGAUAAUAACACCUGUUUGUAAGCGUUUAUAACUGACCACACCAGCGGAAAGUUUUUUUCUGUUGAGUCUGCGGGGAUUUAGAGAGAGCAUACCUUCACCUGGAGCCGGCUUCUGUGAGUCUGAAGCAGGGCGCUGGAGAAAAUGUCCCUGUUCCAGUCGGCACUGGAUUUCCUAGCCGGGCCCGGCUCGUCCGGGGCGGCCAGCCGGGACCAGAAUGAUUUCGUCGGACAGGUCGUUGAGCUCGGUGACAUGAAACUGAGGAUCAAAAGGGUCAUCGCGGAAGGUGGAUUUGCCUUUGUGUAUGAAGCCCAGGACAUGAGCAGUGGUAAAGACUAUGCCCUCAAGAGGCUGCUGUCACAUGAGGAAGAGAAGAGCAAGGAAAUCAUACAGGAAGUCUGCUUCAUGAAAAAGCUGUCAGGUCAUCCCAACGUGGUUCAGUUCUGCUCUGCAGCCUCCAUCAGUAAGGAGGAGUCCGACACCGGACAGGCCGAGUUCCUGAUCCUCACCGAGUUGUGUAAAGGUCAGCUGGUGGACUUUAUAAAGCGGGUAGAGCAGAGGGCUCCUCUGUCAUGUGACACUGUGCUGAAAAUCCUCUACCAGACGUGCCGCGCUGUGCAGCACAUGCACAAACAGAAGCCUCCAAUCGUACACAGAGACCUCAAGAUUGAGAACCUCUUGAUUAGUAACCAGGGCACCAUCAAGCUGUGUGACUUUGGCAGCUCCACCACAGUGUCACAUUACCCCGACUACAGCUGGUCGGCACAGAAGAGGUCCAUGGUGGAGGAUGAGAUCACAAGGAACACCACACCAGCAUACAGAACGCCGGAGAUGAUCGAUCUCUACUCCAACUUCCCCAUCAAUGAGAAACAGGACAUCUGGGCCAUUGGGUGCAUCCUCUACCUGUUGUGUUUCAAGCAGCACCCAUUUGAGGAUGGGGCCAAGCUGCAGAUCGUCAAUGGCAAAUACUCCAUCCCUCAGAACGAUGUGAAGUACACUGUGUAUCACGACCUCAUACGUUCCAUGUUGAAGGUGAACCCAGAGGAGCGUCUGUCCAUUACAGAGUUGGUUAACCAGCUCCAAGAGAUAGCAGCAGCACGCAAUGUCAACCCCAAGUCUCCUAUUACAGAGCUGCUGGAGCAGAACGGAGGUUUUGGCAACAAUGGAGCCCAGCCACCCAUGCAGAUCCACAACGUCCACAAUAAUGCAGGAGUGUACGAUCCUGAUCAGGCAGGCAGUGGCCUCUUUGAUAUCUUGAGGGGUGGAACAGAGCGCUUCCUGACCAACAUAAAGGACACUUCCUCCAAGGUCAUCCAGUCAGUAGCCAGCAACCCAAGCUAUGCCAAAGGGGACCUGGAUAUUUCAUACAUCACCUCCAGAAUAGCAGUCAUGUCCUUCCCAGCAGAGGGGGUGGAGUCGGCGAUAAAGAACAACAUCGAGGACGUCCGUCUGUUCCUGGAUUCACGUCAUGCUGGUCACUAUGCUGUGUACAACCUCUCUAAACGGUCCUAUAGGCCUUCACGAUUCCACAACAGGGUAUCAGAAUGUAACUGGCAAGUGCGUCGUGCCCCCAACCUGCGCAGUCUCUAUAGUGUGUGCAAGAACAUGCAUCUAUGGCUGAAACAAGACCAGAGGAACAUCUGUAUAGUACACUGUCUGGACGGAAGGGCAGCAUCAGCAGUGGCAGUUUGCUCCUUCCUGUGUUUCUGUCGACUUUUCACUACAGCUGAGGCUGCUGUCUACAUGUUCUCAAUGAAACGCUGCCCACCUGGCAUUGCACCCUCACACAAGAGGUAUAUAGAGUAUAUGUGCGACAUGAUGGCAGAAGAGCCCAUCAUCCCCCACAGCAAGCCCAUAAUAAUUCGUUCCAUCAUCAUGACACCCGUGCCGCUGUUCAACAAGCAGAGAAAUGGGUGCCGGCCAUUCUGCGAGGUCUAUGUUGGAGACGAGAGGGUCCUCACCACAUCACAGGAGUAUGACAAGAUGAAGGAUUUUAAGAUGGAGGACGGGAGAGCGGAGAUCCCUCUCAAUGUGACAGUCCAAGGAGAUGUACUGGUGGUGAUCUAUCAUGCAAGAUCCACACUGGGUGGACGUCUGCAGGCCAAGAUGGCAUCAAUGAAGAUGUUUCAGAUCCAGUUCCAUACAGGCUUUGUCCCCAGAAAUGCGACCACUGUCAAAUUUGCCAAGUAUGACCUGGAUGCCUGUGACAUCCAGGAGAAGUACCCAGAUUUGUUCCAGGUCAACCUGGACAUUGAGGUGGAACCCAGGGACAGACCCAGCACCAAGACCCCUCCUUGGGAGGGCUUCCAAACCAAGGGCCUCAACCCCAAAAUCCUUUUCUCCUCUCGUGAUGAACAGCAGGAGAUCCUCAGCAAAUUUGGCAAGCCCGAGCUGCCUCGUCAGCCAGGUUCCUCAGCAUUUUAUGACUCUGAGUCACCCCAGCAGGCUCAGACUCCAGAAAGCUCCAAUCCACCAGAACCAGAAUCUCCUGUUAGCACUGAUAGUAACGCAAACAACUUCUUCCAAACACUGGAUUGGGAAGAUGUGCGUGGCUCUCAGGAUGCCUCUGACAGUCAAGGGAUGGGAUCAAUGAAUGACCAGGAGGACCUGAGUGAUCAAUCAGAAGGAGAGUCCUACUCUUAUUCUGCCCCCAGUGGGGAGCCACUGUCACGUGACCCCAGCGAACCGCUAUUUGAUGCUGACUUCCAGAGUUCCCCUCCUUCAGCCCAGGAAACUCCCACUGGUGACACAGCUGACCUCUUGGGGUUGAACUCUGACCCUCAACCGCCUCCCACGUCCUCAGCCUCCUCCUCUGUGCCUUAUCAAGGGGUCCAGGGAGGGAUGAAAGCUGCAUCCAGCAACAGUGACCUCCUUAAUGACCUGUUUGCUCCCCCUGGUGGUCAGGCAGGAGCAGUGCAGGAAGACUUGUUUUUCAGUGGGCCAACCAGUGCGGCUACACCAGACUCAAAACCCAUGGGCGACCUGUUUGAUCCGUUUGGGAUGGGGUCUGGCUCUGGUGUUGGCUCCAGUGUGGGUUCAUCUCGGCAGGCCUCUGGACCGGACCUGUUUGGAAACUUGUUGGGUUCUGAUAGUUCAGCCACCAGCGGGUUCAGUUCAGCUCACAGUAACGCCACUCCUGCUUCCAAUACGAGCCUCUUCGACCUCAAUAAGCUAGUGAAUGAUACCCCUAAGAUGACAUCAUCAGCCAGCCAACCAGACCUGCUGGGUGGGUGGGACAGCUGGGCAGCUGGCAACACUCCCAGCAUGAGCGCCACCACCAGCAAACCCAACUAUACCAACACAGCAUCUGGUGUGUCAUCUAUGUCGAAGGCCAAGUCUCAGACCUUUGAUCCUUUUGCUGACCUUGGAAACCUGGGAUCCAAUUUACCAGGUUCCUCGGGGCCUUCUUUUAGCACAAAGCCGCAUCCCUCCUCUGCUAAGCCUCAAGCCCAGCCCUGGCAGUCUGGAAGACCCACCUCUGCCCAGAACAAACCAUGGAUGUCUGGGUCCACACCCAAAGCAUCUUCAGCGUCUCAGCCUGCAGGCGCACAGCCCAACAAACCCAACUACAACCUCAACUUUUCUAGUGUCAUUGGUGGGAGAGAGGAUAGAGGAGUCCGUGGUCCUGGAUUCGGCCCAAAGCCGAAGGUGAAGGAGGAUGAUUUUGAGGACCUGCUGGAGACUCAAGGUUUUGGCUCUAGGCCUGAUAGGAAGGGACCAAGGACCAUCGCUGAAAUGAGGAGACAGGAGAUCACCAAAGAGAUCGAUCCACUAAAAUUACAGAUCUUGGACUGGAUUGAAGGGAAGGAGCGAAACAUCCGAGCUCUGCUGUCAACUCUGAAUACAGUGCUGUGGGAGGGUGAAACCCGUUGGAAGCCUGUGAGCAUGGCUGACCUGGUGACACCCGAUCAGGUGAAGAAGUACUACAGGAAGGCUGCGCUGAUUGUCCAUCCAGAUAAGGCAUCAGGAAAGCCUUAUGAACAAUACGCUAAGAUGAUCUUCAUGGAACUGAAUGAUGCCUGGUCAGAGUUCGAGAACCAGGGAUCCAAAGCACUCUUCUAAAACACUGGUCUGGAUCCCAGCUAGACCAGACCAGACCAGACUGGACUGGAUUUGGCCUAACCAAACACGGCUUCGACUGGGCCAGAUUGGACAGGACUGAGCCCACAUUGGGCCUUAGGGGGCGCAGAGCCUCUGAGAGGUGUCCUCUCUACCAUUCCCUUCACUCCCCUCGUCCGUCUUUACUUUCUUCUGUUUCUACAGCCGAGGAAAAAAGACAGUUUGCCUCGAGUCUGGCUGUACUGAAAAAGUUCCUUGCUGGUUCCUGAAGAGCCAGUUUGAUAAAUAGAUUGUGCUAGUUCUUAAACUCACUGCCUACCUGUACGACUGCCUGAGUGGUGCUGCAAACAACAGGAGGGAGGAAUGGGUGACAAUCACAUGGAGAAGAGAACACGGAAAAGAAAUCAGAUAAUACAAAGACUUUAAAGAAGACCAAGCUUAUUAUCAUGACAGUGGUGUCCAGACAAAAUGACCCGACACUCAUAAAAUUGUCAUAAACUUUGGCUGUGGCUAAUAAGCUUAAUCAAUUUUCAACAACAGCCAGUCAUUGAACUGACUGGUGAGACAAAAAAAAUGAACAUGGCUUUAAAUUGUUCAGCAUGCCAGUUAACAUGGACGUUAGCAGAACAUUUGAAUGUUUUUAAAACUUAGUUGCCUCAACAACAAAAAAAUCACCACGAUUGCUGAUGAAUCUCGUAACAUAUCAGCCACAGUGACCAAUGGAUAGAAAAGGAAUAAAAACCUCCUAUCCUGUCUCUAAUAGAAGCAGGAUUCAAACUUCCCUAGGGUUUUAAAACAAGAUAGAUCAGUUGAUAAUACCCAUUGAUACUUUGAAGUGCCACUGCUGCACAUUUUCGGGGUUAGCACUCAGUUUGCUCUUGAGCCAUUUCCUCUUCAGAAAGACAAAACUAUUGCCUGCUGAACACUACUAGUGCUGCUUUUACCAUCACAGCUACUGCUUCACACACACACUCCUCAGAUUGGUGUUAAGACCUGCAUCCUACACUUCCAACAAAAUGGAGCCCCGUAUAAAACCUAGAGCGGGCGGUCUGUUGUUGUUGUUGUUUUUUUGUUUUUUUUUGAAGUGCUCUUUUAAUUCCACCCACUCAGGCUGUACUGUGUAGCUUACUGCAUGCUCUCCCACACCAGGACCUCUAAAGAGCCAGAGGGAAGGUGUGUUGGAUUUCAAAAACCAGGGUAGUCCAAAAAUGGGCAGGGAGGGGUGGGCUCUGUAUUGAAGUGCUCUUUUUCUUGUAGCAGAAACAGAGAAGAGUCUACCUGCAUGAUGACGCUGAUAGGCAUACUACAUGCCUCUCCUCCAGCGCUCAACCAUCUCCAUCGUCAAUGUCAUUAAGCCCUCUCUUUGUCUCUGUAAGCCCCACCCUCUUCCAGCACCCCCAGUUCAGAGGACUUUUUUGUUUUUUUUUUUGUUUUUGUUUUUUAACUGUCGGUGCAUAGGAGGAGAUCAAAAAGUGAAGGAAUGAAAAGAGAAUAUGGUGAUUUAAUCUGGUUGCUCUUGGUUUUAUGCUUUUCGCGUAUUUUUUGGGUUUAUUCAGAGCAUUUUUCAUCACUUCAUUGUAAAUAUAGAAACAUUAUCACCCAUCAAGUGGCUUUGUUAAGAUUACAGCCUGGGCAGAUUGGUUUGUUAUUGAGCUUCAUGCCUGACUGCGUGUGAAUGUGUGUGUGUUUGUGUGUGUGUGUGUGUGUGUGUGUGUGUGUGUGUGUGUGUGUGUGUGUGUGUAAAAGAUAAUGAAAUCCUUUCAGACUUCAUGCUUUCUUAUCUGCAGUCACAAUCUUUUCUUUCUUAAUUUAAUUUCUUUCUGCAACCCUUUUUGAUGUUUGUCUUUUCAAAAAAUCUUUCCAACUUUAUUUUGGCUCUUUUUUCAUUUUACCUCAUGGACCAAUCAAAUCACCUGUUUUCUUAUUUAUUAUUAUGUUUGUUUGUUUUUUUCUGGGGAAGGGUUAUGGGUUGUAAUGACAUGUAUUCAUGCAUAUUAAUGGCACACAACAAAAAAAAAUUCAGAUAAUAUAUAAGUGGAAUGUGCUGAGUGCAAAUGGGACCGAUGUUGGUUAAACACAGUGAGCCUCUCUGUUGCCGUUUUCAUUCCAAAGCAUUAUUAAUACGAAUGUGCUUUUACAAAUAUAUAUCCUCUCUGUUGUUAAGCGGUAUGUGUUUAUCAUUUGUCUGUUCAGUCUGUCUUUUUCGUUGUUAAUUUUUUGUUUUCCUCUGAAGGCACAGCAGAGUUUGGUGCUUCUGCUCUGCAUUUUGACAUUUUGUUAAAAUUCGAAGACGAGGGGCCAGUAAACCUAAGUAAAGAAAAGAUGAAUAAAUAAACUGAUGCUUAAUAUUCAGUUGAAACUCUCGUUGACAGUAUGAUCAUAGUAUAAUGGAUUAAAAAAAAAAGACCACACAUCGACAGUGUUUACUGUACCAAAUUACAUCAUACUAAUAUGAAUGUAGAUUUCAGUGCAAAAACAGAUAAUUAAAAACAUUUUGAUCUGC